AUGUCCGCAGCAACUGGUAAAAAGCCUGCAACACCCGCCGGCAGCGGUAGACCUUCAGCCAAUCCCACCCCCACUACUGUCACCCCAAGUUGCAGUCCUUCGAGCAUGGCUGCUCAGGUCAGCACUCCACCACUCAGCAAUGGUGGUGGCGCUGCUGCUGCUGCCGCAGUCACGAGGAUGCGUUCGGUCAAGCAUGGCGCACCAGUGUCCGCACGCACGGCUGCCACAGCACGGAAGCAACAAUCUUCCGACAGCGACGCCACGGUUGACGAUGUUCGUGCGGAGAUGCAGGCCAAACUCGACGAGCUGCACGAUCGUCUCCAGCAGGCCGAAGUCGUACAUGUCGACUCGCAGAAGCAAGCGGCCUUUCUGCAGAGACGACUCAACGAGACGCUCAAAGACCAAGCGAUGCUGGAAGAAGCCGCUCACGAGCAUGUCGAGCGCAUCGAAGAGCUGGAGCACGAGCGGAAGGAGGGCUUACGAGCUCGACGCGAGAUGGAGCAGAUCUUCGAAGCGGAGCGGGCGGCGACGAUCAAGGAGCGGGAAGAGGCUGCGGUGAGAGAAGAGGACUUGCAGAUCUCGCUACAGCGUAUGAAGGAAGCGCUCGCGCAGCGAGAACUGCGCGCGGGGCUGGAAGACGGCGGCCGACCGAGUAUGUCCCGCAACUCGAGCUUCCGACGGAGCGAAAACAGCUCGCCCAAUCCAGACGGCGGCAACGGCACGGGUCAGUUCGCACCACCUGCGUCCCUCCAACGAAGCGACUCCCGCAGCAGCUCCCGCCUCGUCAUGCACAAAGACAAGAUCAUCGAGUCCCUCCGUCUCGAACUCGCCGAAGCGCAGAUCAAACUCGUCGAUGUCGAGAACUUGGGCGGAGGAGCCUUGCAGCAACUCCAACGAGACCUCUACGAUGCUAAGAUCCAGAAUGCGCGGUUGAUGGAAGAGAACGAGUCCUUCCAACUGCUACUCAGCGAGAAGACGCUUAAUGGCGAUCUGGCGGCGCAUAGUGAUCUCCUCCGCUUACCGUCACAUACCGGUUCUUCUCGCCCCGGGUCUUCGAAUAAUCGUGUCGCUAAUAGCGGGAGCGGGAUGAUGACGAAGAGUGGAGAUGGAGUACUGACGAAGCGACUCCAAGCCGAAAUCCAGAGUCUGAAGGAUCAGAACAAGGCGCUGACGGUGUAUAUUAACAAUAUCAUCUCCCGCCUGCUGCAGCAUGAGAAUUUGGCGGAGCAGAUCUUGAGUAAGGCGCAGGAGGAGGCGGGUGGGCGGCCGGCAGGUGUGGCCGAACAAACACCACCACCUCCCUCCGUCGCCGCCGUGGAGCAGCAGGCACCACAAGGUUUCCUACAACGUGCCAGAAGUGUCAUGGGUGGUGGUGGCCGCGGCCGACCUAGGCCCGUCACGCAGAUGCAGCAGCAGCAGCAGCAGCAGAAGGCGAACGCGAACGAGAACCCGGACACCGCCCCGCGGAUCCCACUCGGUCGAUCGAGCUCGACACGCACAAGUGAGAGCGGGAGCAGACACCGUCGCGCCAAUAGC